UGUGAUGAUGUAAAUAAAUAAUUCCUUGUUCCCAUCUACGGAAGCAUAUGAAGAUACAUUUAUUAUACAACCUCGUGCAUAACUCCAGAUGUGAUUUUCCAACACAUUCCGAAGCAAGUUAUAUACUUUCGGAUAGGUAUAGUUUACGUUAUGAAAGUCUUGAUAGGCGGUGGAUCGGGCUUUAUUGGUAAAGCCUUAACAAAUUUGCUGCGGGGCAAAGGACAUGAGGUCACAAUUAUUUCUCGUAAACCUGGGCCUGGACAAAUUACUUGGGAUGAUGUAGCUUUCAAAGGCUUGCCACCAUGUGAUGGUGUAGUUAAUCUUGCAGGGGAGAAUCUUAUGAACCCUCUGCGGUGGUGGAAUGACGAAUUUAAGAAAGAUUUAAUUUCAAGUCGUUUGAACACCACAAAGACUCUUGUGAAAGCAAUGGUAGCUUCUGAUAAGCUCCCCAAUUCUUGGGUCCUUGUCACAGGAGUGGGGUACUAUAAACCAAGUGAAACACUUGAAUACACAGAGGACAGUGAAGGUGGUGACUUUGACUUCCUUUCUCAACUGGUGACAGAGUGGGAAGCUGCUGGUAGAUUACCAGAGGACCAAGCCAAAAGUGUCCGUCAAGUUGUAAUUCGAUCUGGAAUAGUGUUGGGUAAAGAUGGUGGUGCCAUGAAACAGAUGAUCUGGCCAUUCUGGUUAGGGUUAGGAGGCAUACUAGGAACUGGGCAUCAACCUUUUCCAUGGAUUCAUGUGGCUGACAUGGCAGGCAUCAUCCUUCAUUGUUUGGAACCAAAGUACAAUGUCAGUGGAAUAUUAAAUGGUGUGGCCCCGGCCACUGAUACUAAUGCUGUUUUUACACACGCACUUGGUACAGUUCUCAGACGUCCCACAAUUUUCCCUGUUCCAUCAUUUGCUAUUAAUGCAAUUUUUGGUAAUGAAAGAGGUUCUGUUCUUUUGCAUGGACAGAAAGUCAUACCCAGGAGGACACUGGAAUCGGGCUAUGUUUAUAAAUAUCCUGAAUUGCAGCCUGCCUUAAAGAACAUUGUGUAUUAGUAAUUAAAGUGAUAGACAGCCUUAAAAAUACAAUGAAUUAUGGACUGUUUUAAAGAGCAUUGUGUCUUUAAGUGGAACAGCACUUUAAUCCUUUAUGGUAGAGAAUCUGAGAAAACUUCUGCAACUUUGCAAAUUAUGUCUCAAGUUAAAUUGUUUCAGGUUGUAUUUAACUGGUGUUCACAAACAUUCUGUUUUAAAAUCACUAAAAGUGAACUGAUCAAGGGCAGCACAAGCACUGGCUGUUUUAAUCUUUUACCUAAAUAUCAACAAGAUGAAGUAAAAUAUGACAUGCAUAUUAAUCAGCUUUAAACUGUUACUUAUGUAUUAUAAGAAUAGAAAUGCUUGCCAGUUCCCUCUGUGCACACACUGGGUUAUUUGGUAGCUGUAAAUUGGCUGGAGUGAGUGAGUUUACCCUACAUAACAUUAUGGGUUGGUUGUAGCAACACCACUAUCCUUUUAAAAUGAAUUAGUAUAACAAAAGUUAUUUCACAGAACACAAGUAUUCUGAAAAUUCCUGAAAAGGUGCAACUCAGAGGGUGCUCUUAAAAAUGUUGUAACAAUCUACAACGUCCUUCUUUGUAUUGUUGUUCCUACUUAUCAAAAUAUGAGUACUAUUAAAUGAGUAAAAGUCAAGUGUUAUCACAGUUACAACCCAACAGCAUCUUCUUGGCUUCUCCUACACCAAGAAUAAAUACCUCAGUGAUCAACA